AUGAUAUCAUGUGCACCAUCAUCAGUGAGCCAAGACUUUAUCAACCUGACCAUCUCAAUCACCAAAGAGGAGUACAUGAAUCAAUUCACCAACCCAGAUGCCGUGGUCAACAUCAUGAAGUUCCAAAUAUCUGAUGUCCAACAAGGAUUGACAGCCAUCACUGUAAAGGGAUGGUACUUUGACCUGUAUUCCAAAUCGUUGGAAGUCAAAGUUGGUGCUGGUAUAGCAACAGAUUUAACCUUUACCGCAACUACUUUGAUAUUCUCAAUCAAUCCAUUAAUGACUGGAAAUGGAUCAUUUGUGAUCAGAGACACUACUCCAAGCUCCACGGCACUCUACUCAGAUAACAGACAAUGGAAACCAUUCAUCAAGUUUGUUAAACCAAAUGUAUCGAAUGAUCCCAAUGUACAGGAUUGGAUGUUGAUUGGACAUCAGUUGGUUGAAGGAUCAACUUCGAUAACUUUGAGUGUGAAUGGUGUACCUGUGACUCUAACUAUAAUCAAUGCCAAUCUACUCAAUAUCACCUUGAUGAAUUAUGUCAGUACAGUAGUGAUUAAGAUGUCAUCAUACUCCAAUAUGACACCAUUCAACUAUACCUAUCCAGCACCCUAUAUCAACAAAGUUACAACAAAUACAACUAUUACAGGUGAUGCCAUUGCUACCAUCACUGUAACAGGAAAUCCUCUACAAGUACUGGGUGUCUGGACCUAUUCCAACUUCCGCGCCACCCUCCCAAUCAAUUCUCGCUCUGGUCAAAUGAUCGUCACCAAUGGACUUGAUGGUCUUCCAUCAAUCCCAAUCCCAAUUCUGUUGAGACCAAAGAUUGAGUCGAUCUCACCACCACCAACCGCUGGAGGUGUGAUGACUGUUACUGGAUGGUAUAUUGCACCCAAGUCAUUUGCCAAUGAGUCUGUGCUGGAUAUUACUGUGAAUGGAGUGCCAUGUACCAAUCCUACAAUGUUGGAUACAUCAUUCACACCCUACACUAUAACAUGUAACUCACCACCUGGUAGUGGUGGAGCAUUGGUUGUAUUCAACUCAAUGGUUGCACAGUCAUUGAUGUAUCAAUCACCUUCAAUUGAUACUGUUAGCUCCACACUCAAAGGACGCUCGGGUGCUGUAACCAUCACUGGCUCCAACUUUGGCUCCAAAGUAUCCGUGAUGAUAGGUACCAUUCCAUGUACUUUGCCAACUGUCAACACUGAGUGCACAGAGAUAACUUGUCGAUUUAUAUCCGAUGCCGAUCCUGCCUCCCAAGACACAUUCCAAAACGCAGUCCGUAGACUACUCUCUGUUGCCGAGUCCAAUGAUACUAUAUCCAUGCCAGUGACUGUUGUGAUUGAUGGUCAAUCUGUGACCAAGUCCAAGUUCAUCUAUAGUGCCAACAUUGAACAAUGUGCAAGCCCAUGUCAGCAUGGAAAGUGUGUGCUGGGCGACUGUCAGUGUGAUGAUGGCUUCACAGGCAAGGAUUGUUCAAUCACUCUCGACCCUUCGCUGGAGGUCGACGUUCCCCAGCCCAAGGAGAACACUCCAUCCAUCGAGUUGGGAUCCAAGGCCAGGAAUGUAGAGUUCAACAUCAGCCUUGCAGGUAUCCGUGAGAUCAAUCCAAAUGCCCCAGACAACCAAGUGAUCAAGUACGUCAACAUGACCAACACAAUCUGGAACUGGGUCAACUACACUGUGUCCGGUGGCAACACGAUCCAUGUGUACAACACAUCACUCAAGGGUGUGCCUGGCUUUGAGAUCAUUGUCGAGAUGACAGUGUUUGACGACAAUGAGAUGUAUAACUUCGAGGGCGAUCACUUCCAAGCACCAAAGAACUCGAUCAAGUACAGAGUAACGCUGUCCAAGUGGCCAUUCGCAUCGAUGAACAACUAUCUCGAGGUACUAUUCCAAUCUGCAUCGGGUCAGCAAGUGACAUGCGGUGGAGUGGUGUCAUCAUCCAAGGUCACCAGCACAACGACCAACACCAAGAACUCAUUGCGUUUGAUGGAGAUCUACCAGGGCACUGGCAUGCUUCGUGCGUUCUACUCUGAUCGUCUGCUUGUCGAUGGUCGCCUGUCAUAUAGCAAGGUGUCUGUGGUCGAUCCGACCGACCCCGCAAUGGCCGGUCUGGGAAUGGACACUGACAACAACAAUGUAACAACAUUGUUCGUAGUAACAUCAUUGAGUGUACCAUCAUUCAAUCAAAGUGCAGUGAUCGAUCCAAACUUUGCAUCAUUAUUGGUGAUCAACAAGGCUGUGACAGACUGUGGAGGUAAUUCCAAUGAUAGGAAAUGGUUCAUACCAGUAGUAGUCGUUGCAUCAGUAAUUGGACUCGCUCUAAUAGUUGUAGUAGGCGUGAUCAUUGCCAGAAAGAAUAGAGUUGGACUACUCAUAGCAAGAAUGAAGUUGAAUGAUUGGAGGAGGAAACAAUAA